AUGUCGUUGUCUUGUUCUAAAUGCAAUAAAGUUUUUGGUUAUCAUUGGAAUCUUAAAACUCAUGAAAAUAAAUGUAAAUUUAUGGAAUGGAAACAACAAAUUGAAAAAGAAUAUGUUUGUUCCUAUGUUUCAAAAGCAACAGUUCGUUUAAAAAAAGGAAAGCGAACUUAUUAUUAUUGUCAUCGAAGUGGUUAUUUCAAAACUAAAUCACAAGGUAUAAGGCGUAUAAAAAGCCAAGGCAGUAACAAGAUAGAUUCUACAUGCACAUCGUCGAUAGUUGUAACAGAAGAAACAAAUGGAAUAAGUGUUAACUAUUGUAGAACCCAUUUUGGACAUGGAUUUAACUUAGGCCGAUGUCGAUUAACUGCUGAUGAACGUGCAAUGAUAGCAGGAAAAAUUGCAGAAAGAGUUACUUUUUCUAAGAUUUUGGAUGAUGUUAGAAACAAUGUACACAGUAUUUAUGAUGUGACAACUCUUAUCUCAAAAAGAGAUCUUAGAAAUGUUGAAAGAGAUUUUAAUUUAGUCGAGGGUAAAGAUCAUUCUUCAGACUUUGUUAGUGUUUCUACAAAAUUUCAAUUAGAAAUGCUUCAAAAAUUUGGAAAUGAAAAAAUGUGUGUGGAUUCUACCCACGGUACUACAGAAUACGACCUGCUUCUUACUUCACUGGUCAUAGUAGACGAGUUUGGAAAUGGAUUUCCUUGUUGUUUUUGUUUUACAAGAAAGAAAGACACCAAAACAUGGACUAAAUUUUUCACAAAAGUAAAAGAAAAGACUGGCAUUAUAACUACAAAGGUUUUUAUGAGUGAUGAUGACGCAUCAUUUUAUAACGCUUGGCACGAUGUGAUGGGUAACACUGAGCAUAAACGUCUAUGUAGUUGGAAUGUUGACCAGUUAUGGCGUAAACAGGCCAAGGUAAAAAGGUAA